AAAGUGAUCAAUCGUUUUACUUAAGUCUCAAAAAUUUUAUUAAAAUACAUUAUUAAGAUCCUUCAAAGUUUACAUUAUGGAAUCACAAUUGUCGUAUUUAAGCCUACAUAGAAACGUAACCUUUUUGAAAAUGCUAGGGAUUUAUCCCAUAGAUCCUAAAUCAUCAAAAAUCAAGAAGUUUUUCCAUGGAAUCUACAGAUACAUCAUGUUCUUCUUUAUUUUGCUGUAUACUGUUCAGGAAAUUAUGAAAAUUUAUGAAGGAAGACAUAACGCUGACAAGGUAAUCGAAACAAUAUUUCUAUUACUAACAUACACUGACUAUAUUUUCAAAAUUAUCGUAAUACGAAUGAAAUCCGAUCAAAUUGAAGAUAUGCUCCUAAUUACGAAAGGUCCUAUCUACAACCAAGGAGAGGUAGAACACCGUGCCCCGUUACUGAACACAAUUCGCGCCGGCUUAUUAUUCGUCCGUUUGUUCAACCUUAUGACUCUAUUCACCUGUUUUCUUUGGGGAUUGCAACCGACCGUACAGCAUUUACAAGGAAAAUCCAUCGAAUUGGCGAUAUGGCUGCCGUUUGAUGUCAAUGUUAAUCCAUACUUCUAUUUUGCUGUUUUCUACAUGUGGGCACAAACAUCCCUACUUGCUCUGGGCAACUCAACGGUUGACAGUUUCGUUGUAUAUCUGUUGGAACAGUGUAAAACUCAGAUGACAAUUCUCAGAUGCGACCUUGAGAAUUGCGUAGAAAAAUGCAAAAUUCAGUCGAAAGAGACGCCAAUCUCUUUUUCUGAAAAUUUGGAGAUUCGAUUGAUAAAAACUAUAAUUCAUCACCGAGAAAUCGUAAAGAUGAUAAAUCAAAUACAAGCAAUUUUCGGAAAGGCUAUAUUUUACCAAUUCGUAGUGGGUGGGUGGAUAUUGUGCACAUCUGCCUACAGAAUGGUUUCUAUUAAUCCAGUGUCUGUGGAGUUUAUCUCAAUGAUAUUUUAUAUGAGCUGCAUCCUAAUAGAACUAUUUAUAUAUUGCUAUUUUGGGAAUGAAAUCACAAUUGAAAGUAACAUGAUAAUGACAUCCGCAUAUGCAACAGAUUGGCUGGCCUUCCCUAUGAAACAUCGCCGCAUGCUUAUCAUCUUCAUGGAACGAUUAAAGAGACCUAUACAGCCGUUAGGGUCGUUAAUACCACUUGCAAAUAGUACAUAUGUUUCGGUAAAUAUCGUACCACUAGCUGAGCGGAUAAAACAUACAGUAUUUACUUAUUGUGCAUCAUAUUUUAGGGAUUUAUAUUAAAAUUAGUGGGAAACGGAGAAACAGCCAACAACAACCUAGUGUUGCCAUCUACUUAGUACCUAGGUAUAUGUACCUAACCGCUCAUCGUACAUAAUUAUUAUAAAAGUACAUUCAUACUUUAUCUAGGUACUUGCUAUAAUAUUACAAAGACAAAAGAUUUGCUUUUUUGUUUAUAAAUAAUAAACUCAAAAACUACUGGGCCUAUUUUGAUGAAAAUUUGGUACAGACAUGGUUAGUUAUAACCUUCAAGAGUAGCCUAGGUAGGUACUUUUUUAAUAUGAUUUUAUCCGAGGAAAGCCGGGCGGGACGCUAGUUUAUUAUUUUAGGUUAACCAUGUCCUAAAACUCAAUUAAAUGUCUGUGCCUAAAACAUGUUUCUUACGUGUCUACUAUUAAGUACACAAACGUAAGCACCUUUUGUUUCAGAUUAUUCGAAGCUCCUAUACGUUUUACGCAUUCUUGAAAAAUUCUGAAACAGAGAGAGGCGAAUAAAUAACUAUUACAUAUGUACCUAUCAUACAUACAUAUAUACCAUAGCUACUUAAAAAAAGUACCCCUGGUAUCAACAGCGGUUAGCAAUAUUUAAUGGCAAUCAACAAUUUUUUCACACAAUUUUUUGACACUUUUUGCCUCCAUUGGCAAUGUUUGUGUACCGUUGUACCAUUAGCGCUAUCUGCGCUGAUUUUUGCGUAAUAUGCCCUAUUU